CUUCCGGGGGCGCGCAGCGCGGCGCCGAUGGCGGGGUACCUGAAGCUGCUGCGCGCUCCGCUGCGGCGGGGAGCGGUCCAGGCUGCCGGGGGUCGCCGUGAGAGCUGCUCCGGGGCCGGGCACCUGUGGCUGCAGCGGCACCUCCGUGACCCUUUCGUGAAGGCGGCGCGGGCGGAGAGCUACCGCUGCCGCAGCGCCUUCAAGCUCCUGGAGAUGGACCGCAAGCACCGGAUUCUGCGGCCCGGCCUGCGGGUGCUGGACUGCGGGGCCGCCCCGGGGUCCUGGAGCCAGGUGGCCGUGCAGAGGGUCAACGCGGCAGGCACAGACCCCAGCUCUCCCGUGGGCUUCGUGCUGGGGGUAGAUCUUCUGCACGUCUUCCCCCUGGAGGGAGCGACUUUCCUGUGUCCAGCCGACGUGACGGACCCGGGAGCCUGGCCCAGAAUCCGAGAGCUGCUUCCCGGCGGCAUGGUGGACGUGGUGCUGAGCGACAUGGCGCCCAACGCCACAGGGAUCCGGGCCCUGGACCAUGACAGGCUUGUCGGCCUCUGCCUGGCCCUGGUGGACCUGGCUCCCGACCUCCUGCAGCCGGGGGGGACCCUGCUUUGUAAAACCUGGGCUGGAAGUCAGAGCCAUCGGUUGCAGAGCCGGCUGAGAGAGGAGUUCCUGAGCGUGCGGGCGGUGAAGCCGGAGGCCAGCAGGAAGGAGUCGGCAGAGGUGUACCUGCUGGCCACGCAGCACCGCGGGAGGAAGGGCCGGUGAGGCGGCCCGGCCCGGCUCUGUGCCCCUCCUGACGCCCGGCGUGGCUCUGGGCUGUGGCCUGGAGGUGCGGCAGGACAGGAAGGGAGCCUUUUCUUGUUUAGCACCAGCGAGGAAAGUUUAUGUAGGGGCCACAACACACCGCGCUGGACGUGGGGUCUGUGGGGGUGCAGGGCGCGGCCCCACCUUCACCGUCUGCUGGUGGAUUUCCGAGAAGCAGGUGUUGGCGUGGCCCCAAGGACACACGGCGCGCGGGGGUCUCCCGGCUGCUCAGCUGCGUGGGUGUGGAGCGGCCUGAGGCCCCCGGCUGGGGCAGGCAGGCCCGGGCUGUGAGUGUGUCCGGGGCCAGGCACUCCGCUACGUGGUUAAGAAGAGUUCCAUGCUUUUAAAUAAAUAAUAAAA